AUGAGGUCCAAGGAAGAAGUCGCGAAACUCGCAGAGAUGGACCCGGAGCUGGCUGAGGUAUGCCACAAGCAGCCCUCCACUGAUAAUAAUGAUAUGCUGAAUUGGAACAGNUUCCUCAGUAAGAACACUCUCCCCAAGGGCGACUGGAACAACAUCAAACAGUUCCGUGCAAUGCGCGACGAGAUGGGAAAACAAAAGCUCAAGGAACUGGGCCCAGCAGCCCCACACGUCGAGGAAGAGUUCAAGAGCAUAACCAUGAGAGAUGGCUUUGAAAGCCAGAUCAAGAUCCACAGACCCACGGGCAAGACUGGGGGACCUCUCAUAGUCUUGGUGUUUGGAGGUGGUUUUGUGGUUGGUGACAACCAACAGCUCACCCCCUAUGGCCGUGGUUUUGCCAGGGCCUUCGGUGCUGUCGUCGUAACGACUGCAUACAGACUGGCUCCCGAGCACAAGUUCCCGACCGCUCCGAACGAUACCGAAGACACUCUGUUGUGGCUUGCGAAUAACGCAGAUUCCCUGGGCGCGGACCCUUCCAAGGGAUUCGUCUUGGGAGGCGUGAGUGCGGGCGGUAACCUGUCUGCUUGUAUUGCUCAAAAAACCCUCGAGGACAAGAGUCUAGCACAUCCUCUCACAGGCCUUUGGCUGUGUGUCCCCCUNGUCUUCCCCAACGAGGACUUGGUGCCAGACAAGUACAAAGACGUCUUCUUCUCGCACGAGCAGAACGCCGACGCGCCUAUCCUCGACAAGAACGCCAUCGAUGCCAUCGUUGGCCAUCUCGAACCUGACCAGUCAUCCCCGCUCUAUUCACCUUUCAACAGCAAAACCCCUCACAAAGGCUUGCCNCCCACAUACGUCCAAGUCGACGGAAUGGAUCCUCUUCGUGACGACGGAUUGGUCUACGAGCAGGUCUUGAGUGAAAACGGAGUCAAGACGAAACUCGACAUCUGGCCUGGAUUGCCUCAUGCACAUUUCUCUUUCCUACCAUUCUUGAGCGGCAGCAAGAAGGCGAUUUUNGAUACCUUUGUUGGUUUCGGCUGGCUACUAGGCAUGGACGUCUCACCUCAGAAGAUACAAGAAGUUAUGGCCGCACCUGGGGGUGGUUAG